GCUGCUAUUAAAAGAGCUCAAAUCCCAGAGUAUUGCUCUGGCAGCUCUGCAGGCUGUCAUGUCGGAGGAGCUCUGUGAAUGAGCUGCUGAGGCGUGCAGCUCCUCAGGAGACGAAUAAACCCAGAGUCCAGAGCACCUGCAGAGGCCUGAGAAGCAGACAUCCUGCAGGACAUGGACUCAGUGUGGACCACCACUGUUCUCCUGGUGCCAUUUGUAGUGGUGCUGACAGCUGGAUUUUUCUACCUCUAUGGUGUUGUUAUGGGUCUGUUGUCCAAAACAUCUGUACGCAAUAAGGUGGUGGUUAUAACUGAUGCUUUAUCUGGGCUUGGGAAAGAAUGUGCAGGCGUGUUUCACAAAGGAGGAGCGAGGCUGAUCCUCUGUGGGAAGAGCUGGGAGAAACUUGAGGAACUUGCAGAUGAGUUGGCAAACGCCUCAGACCCAACUUUAACGUUUCCCUCCAAACUGGUGCUGCUGGAUUUUGGAGAUAUGGACAGCAUGCCUGAUGUGAUCUCAGAGAUCCUGGAGUGUUACGGCUGCCUGGAUAUCCUCAUCUUCAACAGCAGCAUGAAGGUCAAAGCACCCGCCCAGACUGUGUCUCUGGAGAUAGACAAGUUACUGAUGGACAACAACUACUUUGGACCGGCCACACUGGUCAAAGGUUUGCUGCCCUCCAUGAUCUCGAGGAGAACUGGUCACUUGUUCCUGGUCAACAGCAUCCAGGGGAAAAUAGCCGUGCCUUUUCGCACUGCAUAUGCAGCCUCUAAACAUGCAGUCCAGGCCUUCUUUGACUGCCUGAGAGCUGAAGUGGAAGAGUACGGCAUCUCCAUCAGCACCAUCAACCACACCUUCAUCAGCCCCUCUGCAUCAUCUGAAAACGCAGACGCAGCUGCCUCCAAAUCCUUCUGGUCAUUGUUGUACACAAAAAGACCACUCGGCGUUUCUCCUGACGAGGCAGCGGCUGAGAUUGUGAAGACCCUAAGCAACAAGAGGAAGGAGGUGGUAAUUGCUCCCUCGCUCCCAAAGGUGGCCAUCUACACCAGAUCCUUCUUCCCUAAUGUGUUCUUUGCCGUGAUGGCUGCAGGAGUGAACAACGCUGCUGCCUCUGAGAGCAUGUAGUGCUGCUGGUGUACAGCCCAGUGAAGUUACUCACAAGCGCCUAUUCAUCCAUGCAGACAACAUAAAAUAAUAAAAUAAUAAAAUAAUAAUUCUUUUAGGCUACAAUUAAGAUGUGAACCCCCAGACUGCAUUCAGAUCAUCUAAGUGCGGAUUUUAAAUGUUUUGACAGGAAUAUCGUCUUAAACUUGUAGAGAUGCUGAUUUUUAUUUUUAUUUUUUUUUUUUUAUUUUUUUUUUUUUGUAAAUGUCCAUAGGGCAUUUGGCCUGUAAAGAACAGGUUGAAGUGACAUCAGAAGUACAUGUCAUAUAGAGUUAUACAUUGAUUUCCCAUAGUUUGUCCAUCAGAAAGAGUUGCAUUCUGUUUAUUUUGCAGGUUAACAAACAUAAAAUGAUCAUUAUAGUGCAGAAUUUACAUAAAAAUAGUUGAUUAUAGAGAAAACAUUGUAUCUGUUGUUGUAUUUGUGGAUUGAGAACAUGAAUAAAAGUAUUUAUGUCGUGUAAGCCCAA